AUGCAUCAUAUCACCAGGUUCUUACAGCCGCUUUGGCAAAGCCACCAGGCAGCCGAACAACCGCCUACUCAAGCUUCAUUUGGUACGCUACCUUGCGAAUUGGCCCUGGAGAUUGCAGAAUACUUGGAUGUUAAUUCCCUCAGCAGCUUAUCCCGCACUUGCAAAGGACUAUACUCGCUACUUGAUUCGGAACUGACAAAACGGGUUCCUCAAUAUGCACUCGCCCCUAGAAGCAACUACGCAACAAGCUUUGUCUAUGACGAUGAUCAACAGCACGGAGUAGACUUUCCUGCUUUCAGAGUCCGCUGGGGCUCAACAUUCGGUCGGAGCUCAGCUUAUUCUCGCAUGUUUAUUCCUCCCGUCUUCACCCCGACGGAUCUCGAACCCUUUGGCCAGGCUAUCUAUCGUGGCAAUUUUGCUGCUGUACAAAACCUUCUUGGGCGAGGUGCAAAUCCCGACUCGUAUCUUGUAAGUGGCGCAAGAAUGCUAAGUGUAGCUGUGGAGCGGGGGAACAUGGAAAUUGUCAAGCUGCUCUUGAAAUUCGGUGCUCGUCCCUGUUUAAAGGACCCCGGACUACGUACUUCACCCCUAGACCGAGCUGCUCGAAGGGGUGAAGUAGACGUGUUGCAUGCCAUGCUAUCAACAGGCUGCGAGGUAGGUUCAUUCUUCACCCUCCAUGAAAUCGUCUUAUAUCGAAAGGAUGUAGUCGAAUUUCUUGUUCCAUUAAUGGACAAAAGCAGAUUCAACCUCGUGAAUGUCGGAGGGCAAACCGCCCUACAGGUGGCUAUGAGAGACGGAUAUGUUGACACUGCAAUACAUCUCAUCAGAAUUCCAGAGAUUGACCUAGAUUAUCAGGAUCCGCAGGGGUGGACUGCCUUGCAUUUCGCACUCCAACGUCAUGUAUUGAUUGAGGCUCUUCUCGAAGCGGGCGCUGCGAUUAACAUUACCGCACCACGCAAUGGUCAAAACGCAUUGCACAUUGCGCUGCAAACCGUGGACGUGCCUAAAUUACCAUCUAUACUAUGGGAGCUGCUUCGGCAUGGUGCUGAUGUCAAUGCCAAUUCAUUCUAUGGGACUCCCAUGCAUUGUGCUGUCCGAACCAGGGCAAGUUCCGCCGUGGUGGAAAUUCUUCUCCACGGGAGCCCAACUCCGCCAGGCUUGACGAUCAGAGAUAGACAUGGGCAGACACCCGUUGAAUUAGCAUUUCAAAUGGGGUAUCAUGAGAUCGCUCAUCUGCUCUUGGAGUAUCAAGAGGACCUGUCCAGGUAA